AUGAAGUUCCUUUUCAGGAGACUCAUCGUAUUGACCGCCGCUUCUUUGGUAGUAGCUGCAACCUCCGUCAGCCACCUUUCAUUGCAAGAUGCUGCGAAUAAGCGAGACCUUCUUCAAGACCUAGUGACAUGGGACCAACACUCUUUGUUUGUCCGGGGCGAGCGCCUCAUGAUCUUUUCGGGAGAGUUUCAUCCCUUUCGGCUGCCAGUUCCUGGACUCUGGCUUGAUGUGUUUCAGAAGAUCAAGAGUCUGGGAUUCAAUGCUGUCUCCUUCUAUACCGACUGGUGUCUCAUGGAGGGUAAUCCCGGCCACGUUGUGACUGACGGGAUCUGGAGCCUCGAUGAGUUCUUCGCUGCUGCAAGUGAAGCUGGUAUUUACCUGAUAGCUCGUCCUGGACCGUAUAUCAAUGCGGAAACCUCUUCUGGUGGUAUUCCCGGAUGGGUCCUUCGUCUGAAGGGCAUCAUCCGCUCAAAUAGCGAGGACUACCUCCAUGCGACAAAUAAGUACAUGGCUACUUUAGGGAAGAUAAUUGCCAAGGCACAAAUUACCAAUGGGGGACCGGUAAUCCUGGUUCAGCCAGAAAAUGAAUACACGACUUGGCCCAACGUUUCGGAGUCCGAGUUUCCGACGACCAUGAAUAAGGAGGUCAUGGCCUAUGCUGAGAAGCAGCUCCGAGACGCUGGAGUAGUUGUCCCAACAGUUGUUAAUGACAAUAAGAACCUGGGAUACUUUGCCCCAGGAACUGGACUGGGCGAGACGGAUCUCUACGGAAUUGACGCUUAUCCCAUGAGAUAUGACUGUGGCAACCCCUAUGUAUGGCCAACAUAUCGAUUCCCGCGAGAUUGGCAGCAGACACACCGCAAUCACAGCCCUACGACGCCAUUUGCUAUUAUGGAAUUCCAAGGGGGUUCAGGCGGUGGAUGGGGAGGUGCCACAGAAGACGGAUGUGCGAUCCUCGUAAACAACGAAGCUGAGCGAGUGGUGUACAAGAACAAUUACGGCUUCGGCGUCAAGAUUUUCAACAUCUACAUGACGUACGGAGGUACCAAUUGGGGCAAUCUCGGCUACCAUGGAGGAUAUACCUCGUAUGACUAUGGGGCUGCUAUUACGGAGGAUCGCCGGAUCUGGCGAGAAAAGUAUAGCGAAGAGAAGCUGCAGGCCAACUUCCUGAAAGUGUCUCCUGCGUACCUCACCGCAACGCCUGGAAACGGGUUUAAUGGGUCUUAUACAGGAAACAAGAAUAUAGCAGUCACUCCACUGUUUGGCAAUGGAACAACAACCAAUUUCUAUCUAGUCCGACAUGCCGACUUUACUUCGACUGGAAAUGCUCAAUACCAACUCAGUGUUUCGACGAGCGUGGGAAAUGUGACAAUCCCUCAGUUGGGAGGCCGUCUGUCCUUGAACGGCCGAGACUCCAAAUUCCACGUCACUGACUAUGAUGUGGGCGGUUUCAAUCUCAUCUACUCUUCCGCAGAGGUCUUCACUUGGGCUAAGGGACACAACGAGAAGCGCGUUCUCGUGCUGUAUGGAGGAGAAGGGGAACUUCAUGAGUUUGCUCUGCCAAAACAUCUUCCGCAGCCAAAUGUUGUUGACGGGUCCGACGUCAAGAUUGCCAAAAAGGGAAGCGCCUGGGUUGUACAGUGGGAGGUAACCGCUCAAAGACGGGUUUUGCGUGUAGGGAAGCUUGAGAUUCACCUCCUCUGGCGUAACGAUGCCUACCAGCACUGGGUCUUGGAACUACCAGCAAAACAGCCAAUUGCCAACUAUAGCUCGCCAUCCAAAGAGACGGUGAUUGUGAAGGGAGGAUAUUUGCUUCGCAGUGCAUCGAUUGCCGACAAUAAACUGCAUUUGACCGGUGAUGUGAACGCAACAACUUCCUUGGAGGUAAUCUCCGCGCGGAAGCGACUUGAUGGGAUUGUCUUCAACGGCAAGUCCUUAAAAUCAACUCGAUCCAAGAUUGACAACCUCGCUGCAACGGUUCACUAUCAACCACCGGAUAUAGCUUUGCCAGAUCUGAAGUGUCUCGAUGAUGAGAGUUGGACGCCACUAACAAACACAUACACCAAUAACACGCGCAAGUUCACCGGUCCUACAUGUCUGUACGCCGACGAAUACGGCUAUCACGGGGGCUCGCUAAUCUACCGGGGCCAUUUCAAGGCCAACGGAGACGAGUCAUGGGUUUUCCUCAACACAUCUGGCGGCGUGGGCUUCGCCAAUUCGGUAUGGCUAGAUCAAACAUUCCUGGGAUCAUGGACAGGUAGUGGAGAGAACAUGACCUAUCCCAGAAACAUCUCGCUCCCCCACGAGCUGUCUCGUGGAGAAUCAUACGUCUUAACUGUAGUGAUCGACCACAUGGGCCAAGACGAAGAGGCACCGGGGACAGACGCGAUCAAGUUCCCUCGAGGAAUUCUCGACUAUGCGCUCUCGGGCCAUGAGCUAUCCGAUGUUGCUUGGAAGAUGACUGGAAAUCUCGGCGGCGAGCAGUACCAGGACUUGACGCGAGGUCCGCUCAACGAGGGAGCCAUGUAUGCUGAGCGCCAGGGAUAUCAUCUUCCAAGUCCGCCUACCUCCAGCUGGAAGUCAUCCAGCCCGAUCAAUGACGGUCUCACUGGCACCGGCAUUGGAUUCUAUGCUACUUCGUUCUCCUUGGAUCUACCCGAGGGGUAUGAUAUCCCGUUGAGCUUCGUAUUCAACACUUCCGCAUCAGAUGCAAGGUCCGGGACGAGCUAUCGCUGUCAGUUGUUUGUUAACGGAUACCAGUUUGGGAAAUACGUUAAUGAUCUCGGCCCACAAACCAAUUUCCCCGUUCCAGAGGGUAUUCUCAACUACAACGGCGUCAACUACGUCGCCUUAACACUUUGGGCGCUCGAACCCCAAGGAGCUUUGGUCGGUGGUUUGGAGCUUGUCGCUUCGACUCCUAUCCUGUCUGGAUACCGCAAGCCGGCCCCGGCACCUCAGCCCGCGUGGAAGCCUCGGCGGGGCGCCUACUGAUGGUCGAUAGAGUAACUACGGUUUGGGGUUUUAGCAAGAGUAGAUGAUGCAGCGUGAAUAGUCAAGGAGGCCUAGAAUGCAAAAUACCAGGUGGUCAUUGAGAGAUAAGAGAUCGUAACAACUCAAUAUUCGUCAUGGUAGCAUAUUAAUUAUGCUAGUCUUCAACAUGGUAGGGUCAAAUAAGAAAGAUCGCCACAAUAGCCUUUGGCUCAACACUUCUUCCGCGGAUAAUCCCAGGUCCAAUUGCGAAUAUAAUCUGGAUCAAUGCCGUCGUCAAACGCCUUGUUCUUCGCGGCCAGCUGGAGAUUGAUCAAACGCUCCCGCACCCCCGAGGCGGUAUUGC